CACGCUUGUAUGAUCACAUUUCAACCCCAACUGAGAUGUGCUCAAAGUCGCUGAUUGAAUCUUCCUUGGUGAACAGUUAACUGUCACUUCUUAUGCUGUAUAGGAAGAAACAGGAUUCACUUCAAAUGAUAAAGUAGACCUUUCUUUAACAUCUUGUCGAAAGCGUUACGUGGUCGUUUAACUGGAGGUUACGUAAACCGGCACGAAAACUGUGGGCGCACAAUUUUGCAACUGAAAACCAGGUGACCUAGUUUAGCGAAUUCAGUCUGGUUUUUGCGUGUUGAACUCGUUGGUUAGAACAGCCUGUGCUAAGGUUUAAGGCUCUAAUCGAACUUUGUUUUGUGUAGGUUGCAUCUUUUGUUUUACAUAUACCUAAUUUAUGAUUUGUAAUAAUCUGCUAAACCUUCUGAGUAACUUUCAUACGAAUUUCUAGUAAAUUACACUGCCGUGUACACUGUUCUUUCACCUAAUUUAAAUGUUCUUGUGACCAGUUAUGACUAAAAGUCGUAAAACUAAUUAGAUUCUAUAUAUUGUGCUGCCAUUUCCUUAAUUAAAAAUAUCAUUUUGCAUUAAUUGUCAUCUUAAUUAUCGCUGCUGGCAAUUCUACGAAAACAAUACACAGUUGUCUCAAAAUGAGUUGACAAAUAUCUCAGAAGUAUAAUCGCUGAUUUAAGUAACGUAAAAAUGCACAUGCAUAUGAUGAUCUGCAUAAGAUUGUCAGUUACGAUUGUCAGUUACAGAUACUUUCUUUGUUGUUUUUUUCGUUAGAAACAGUUGACAUGUUUACACAGAGAGUAAUCAGCAGAGUUGAAGACUUCUGUGAAAUAGGAUCUUGAUUCGCGAAAACGUGCCUUGUAAGUGUUUGAAAUAAUGGGAGAAGAAACCACUACCGACGGAAGUUUACAGAUACAUCAAAGGUUCGAAAACGAAGGCGAUAUAGAAAGCCCGACAUGCGGAUUAGUCUCCUGGAGACCAAACUUUCUUCAGCGUUUUGCCAAGGCGAAAUGGUUUCUGCUGUUCCAAUGUUGGUUCGUCCUAGCACAAGGCAUGAUCGUUUCAGGGUUUCAGGGAGUUGUAAUUUCCUCACUGGAGAGACGUUUCUCGUUAAAGACAAACGAAAUUGGAGUUAUAGUCAGUUGUUACGACAUUUCUGCCGCAAUCAUGGCCAUCUUAGUGAGUUACUACGGCCAUCACCAUAAACCGAAGUGGCUCGGCAUUGGAGCAUUCAUUUUAGGAAUUGGAUGCUUCUUAUUCGCUCUCCCACAUGUUCUCGUUGGCCGAUACGAGCCAGGUUCUAGUGCGACAAAUCUUUGUUCUACGGAUUCCCUUCCGUCAAACUUGAUCUGUAGAAGCUCAGUCUGGUAUCACAUAUUUGUCUUUGUGCUCGCGGAGUUUUUUAUCGGAAUCGGAGCUACCCCCGUGUAUAUUUUGGGGACUGCAUUCAUCGAUGAGAAUGUCCGCCGCACCACGUCGGGAUUGUUUCUUGGAAUUAUGUACGCUGUAGCAACGUUUGGUCCUGCUGUGGGGUUUCUGCUUGGAGGAGAAUUUCUCAGGAUAUAUGUUGAUAUCAAGCAGCCAGAGGGUGUAAGUCUUACACCUGAGGAUUCAAACUUUAUUGGGGCAUGGUGGAUGGGGUACAUCCUUGGUGGCUCACUGUCCAUCUUGGUCAGUCUUCCUUUGCUUGCAUUUCCAAGAGAGCUUCCAGGAACACCACAAAUCCGGGCUGAAAAACAGAGAUUUUCAGACACUGUGGAGGAUGACAACAUGCCACAUACACUGAAGCAGCUACUUCCCUCACUUAAGUCACUUCUUACGAACAAGCCUUUUGUAUUUCUUUCUCUUGCCUCAGCAUUUGAGGGAUUUGCUGUGGGCGGUUUUUCUACAUUUUUACCCAAAUUUGUUGAGGCGCAGUUUCGUAUCUCAGCUGGCCUGGCAAGUACGUAUACUGGCCUAGUGGUGGUACCAGGAGGGUGUGGAGGCAUGCUCUUUGGAGGUUAUCUUGUAAAAAGAAUGAAAUGGACUUGUGACAAGACUAUUAGAGCUUGUUUUGUUAUUGCCUGCUUAGCGACACUCUGGGCAGCAGGACUGUUCUUUGGGUGUCCCAACAGAGUAUUUGUGGGUGUAACAGAUCCAUACAUUAACAGUCCUAGGUCAUCACUUGUCAAUAUUACUUCUUCCUGUAAUGCAGCAUGUAACUGUGACGUUAAGUACUUUUCACCUGUUUGUUCCAAACAAGAUCAGCGAACAUUUUACUCUCCUUGUUAUGCUGGCUGUAAGGCAGAUGACAGAUUAGGCGACAAAGGUUAUCAGAACUGUAGCUGUUUUGUGACACAAUCAAAUGAGGGAAUUGAAGGCAGUGGAUGUCAACCAGAAUGCAAUAACCUUGCUCCCUUCCUUUUCUGCCUUUUUGGUCUCAUGGUUUUUACAUUUUCAAACAACAUCCCAGCAACUACAGCAACUCUCAGAUGUGUUUCAGAAAGCCAGGGAUCAUUUGCUCUGGGCAUAAACCAGCUUAUUGUCCGUAUUUUGGCCUUUAUUCCAGCCCCAAUUGUGUUUGGAUAUGUGAUUGAUGCUGCAUGUAAACUGCAUCAAGAGGACCCUUGUGAUCUUGGGGCUAAGAGGAACUGUUUGGAAUAUGACACUGAUUUGUUCAGGUAUCUGAUGUUAGCUGUUGGUGGUGGUUUCAAGCUUUUAUCUGCAGUAGCUUUCUACUUUGCAUGGAAAUUUUACAAACUGCCAUCCCAGAGUCAGUCGAAUGAGGGUUUGAAUCGAGAGUCUGCUUCAUCACAAAUAACGAUUGUGGAUGGACACACCAAAAAAAUGCCUGAAACAGAGUUGAUUCCUGUUGCACAGUUUAUUACAGUUUCAGAUUCUGGGCAAGAAAAACCACUUCCUAGCAAAGAUUUUGCAAGGACAACCAAUGUUUAGAUACAAUAAACAGGCGACUCCCUUAAAUCAGAAUUGAAAAAUAUAUAUGCUUCCUGGUUACACAAUUGUUGAGUCACCUAAAAGUAUUAUACUCCAUACACAGUUAUUGAAUCACUUGAAGGGCACAAAAUCUUUUGCUCUGAAAAUUCAACAUUUUAUAUUAUAAAAUAAUUCAAAUAGUACGUGCACUCUGAUUGGCCAUAAAACCAUUUUACAUGAGCAUAUGUAAACAUGGUUUUCAUUCCUCUUUCAUUAGUU